CUUUUUACUCCCUCUGCCCCGCCUCUUUCCCUUCCCCGUUCCCCGCGUUCUGGUGCCGGGAGCGCUCGCAACUGUUGUGGCUGCUGUCCCGCUGCCGCCGGGGUGGUGCUGACCGCGGAGCGCUCGGAGGCCCGUGAGAGUGAAUGUCGGGGACCUCCGCCAUAGCCGAGUGAGAGCACACCCCCGAGCUGGCGACAGACGGGAUGUUUUCCGGUUGCUGUCGGCGGUCCGAAGACAAAGGCCCGGCCGAGGAUGGCGGAACUGGUCGUCAGGGAGGAGCGGCGCGUCGGCUGCCGAGGCGCAUUCCGUCACCCUGCCCACCCAGGCGCAGGUGGUCAUCUGCGGUGGCGGGAUCAUGGGCACGUCCGUGGCCUAUCACCUCUCCAAGAUGGGGUGGAAGGAUAUUGUCCUUUUGGAGCAGGGCAGGCUGGCUGCUGGCUCCACGAGGUUCUGUGCUGGCAUCUUGAGCACCGCCAGGCACUUGACCAUCGAGCAGAAGAUGGCAGACUAUUCCAACAAGCUCUACCACCAGUUAGAGCAAGAAACGGGCAUCCAGACAGGUUACAUAAGGACGGGCUCGGUCUUUCUGGCCCAAACUCAGGACCGGCUGAUCUCCCUGAAGCGCAUCAACUCAAGGCUGAAUGUCAUAGGCAUCCCUUCUGAGAUCAUCUCUCCCAAGAAAGUCGCCGAACUUCACCCUCUCCUCAACGUGCACGACCUGGUGGGGGCCAUGCAUGUUCCUGAGGACGCCGUGGUGUCCUCUGCUGACGUGGCUCUUGCCCUGGCCAGUGCUGCCUCCCAAAAUGGUGUCCAGAUCUAUGGGACCAGUGUUCUUCAUGUAAUGGUCAAGAAAGGUCAAGUUACUGGUGUGGAGACAGAUAAAGGACAGAUCGAGUGCCAGUAUUUUGUCAACUGUGCUGGUCAGUGGGCAUACGAGCUGGGUCUGUCCAACGAGGAGCCGGUUAGUAUCCCGUUACAUGCCUGCGAACACUUCUACCUUCUGACUCGCCCCUUGGAGACCCCUCUGCAGAGCAACACACCAACUAUUGUGGAUGCUGACGGAAGGAUUUAUAUCCGGAACUGGCAGGGUGGCAUCUUGUCUGGGGGCUUUGAGAAGAACCCGAAGCCCAUCUUCACUGAGGGCAAGAACCAGCUGGAGAUUCAGAAUCUGCAGGAAGACUGGGAUCACUUUGAGCCCCUGCUGAGUUCCCUCCUGCGUCGCAUGCCCGACCUGGAGACCCUGGAGAUCCUGAAGUUGGUGAACUGCCCCGAGACCUUCACCCCGGACAUGAGGUGCAUCAUGGGCGAGUCUCCUUCGGUGCGGGGCUACUUCGUCCUGGCGGGAAUGAACUCUGGCGGCCUUUCGUUCGGUGGAGGGGCUGGGAGGUACCUCGCUGAAUGGAUGGUGCACGGUUACCCAUCAGAAAACAUCUGGGAACUGGACUUGAAGCGUUUUGGAGCCCUCCAGAGCAGCCGCACCUUUCUGCGUCACCGGGUCAUGGAAGUCAUGCCUCUGCUGUACGAUCUGAAGGUUCCCCGUUGGGACUUCCAGACCGGGAGGCAGUUACGCACCUCCCCUCUCUAUGACCGGCUGGAUGCACAAGGAGCCAGGUGGAUGGAGAAACAUGGAUUUGAGAGGCCCAAGUACUUUGUGCCACCGGACAAGGACCUCCUGGCAUUGGAGCAGAGCAAGACGUUCUAUAAGCCAGACUGGUUUGAAAUUGUGGAGUCCGAGGUCAAGUGCUGUAAGGAAGCUGCGUGCGCCAUUGACAUGUCUUCUUUCACGAAGUUUGAAAUGACAUCCACCGGGGACCAGGCCCUGGAAGUCCUUCAGUACCUCUUCUCCAACGACUUGGACGUGCCUGUGGGCCACAUCGUGCACACCGGCAUGCUCAACCAGGGUGGGGGCUAUGAGAAUGACUGCAGUAUCGCACGCCUGAGCAAGCGCAGUUUCUUCAUGAUUUCCCCCACCGACCAGCAGGUCCACUGUUGGGCCUGGCUUAAGAAACACAUGCCAGAAGACAGCAACCUGCUUCUGGAGGACGUCACCUGGAAAUACACCGCCCUCAAUCUGAUCGGUCCUCGAGCUGUGGAUGUGCUGUCUGAGCUGUCCUAUGCCCCUAUGACUCCAGACCACUUCCCAAGUCUGUUUUGCAAGGAGAUGAGCGUGGGCUACGCGAACGGGAUCCGGGUGAUGAGCAUGACGCACACAGGAGAGCCGGGAUUCAUGCUUUAUAUUCCCAUAGAGUAUGCCCUGCACGUGUACAACGAGGUGAUGAGUGUUGGGCAGAAAUACGGAAUCCGGAAUGCUGGGUACUAUGCGCUUCGUAGUCUUCGAAUUGAGAAGUUUUUUGCCUUCUGGGGUCAGGAUUUAAAUACCCUCACCACCCCCCUGGAAUGUGGACGAGAAUCUCGGGUGAAACUGGAGAAGGGGAUGGACUUCAUUGGCCGAGAUGCUCUGUUGCAGCAAAAGCAGAACGGGGUGUACAAACGCCUCACCAUGUUCAUCCUGGACGACCACGACACCGACCUGGACCUCUGGCCAUGGUGGGGGGAGCCCAUUUACCGCAACGGGCAGUACGCGGGCAAGACCACCAGCAGUGCCUACAGCUACACCCUGGAGCGCCACGUCUGCUUGGGCUUUGUACACAAUUUUUCCGAGGACACGGGGGAAGAACAGGUGGUGACAGCAGAUUUUAUUAACCGGGGAGAGUAUGAGAUUGACAUCGCGGGACACCGGUUCCAGGCCAAGGCCAAGCUCUACCCGGUCACCUCGCUCUUCACUCACAAGCGCCGAAAGGACGACGUAGAGCUAAGUGACUUGCACGGGAAGUAAUGCUGGCGGCCUCACUUCCCCACCUACCCCACACCCUACCGCAGGGCUCCCCUCCGCCUCCCAGCUCUCCGCUCCUUGAUGCCAUUUUAAACUUCACCUGCUUUUAAACCUUUUGCUUUGCAACCUCUUCUCCUUCCACCUUCCCCCCUCCCUUCUGCACUUUUCCAUCUACCACUCACUCCGGGCCGUUCCUCCCUCUCCUCCUCGCCCCCCAGAUUCCCGUGGUGACAAGAAGCAUGUCUAAUGGGCAGGACAGGCGCCAGCUCCACCUGUGGAAGUAGGUAACCGGGACAGUCGGAUUUUUAAUGCUGUGUUUUGAAGCAAGGGAAGCUGGUGGUGUGCAGGCCUCAGGGCAGGAGUUCCGUGAGGCCGACUUUUCUCGGAGCAGUCGCUCGCUGUGUGUAUGUGGCUCAGCCCUGUGCGAGCGCGGGCCAUGCUGCUGGGCCAGGCGGAUCCCUCUCCCUUUCCCUGUGCCGUGGGCUGGCCCCCUGGUACCUCGAGUAGGAGGAUGACCAUCUACCUCACCCCCGCGAGGCAUCCCGUGGAUGCUGUCUGGUCUCUAGUGAACAGCGGCCCUGGCACCAUCCCGAGGUCCCUACCAAUCUGGGUGUUAACAGUGUCAGGCCGGGGCCACCGGCCUCAAAUUUUCUCCAUGUCUCGCUCAGCUCUCCAAGAGCGUUUGUCGGCCUGAGUAAACAAGCCAGUGAUGGAAAGGGAAAAACCAUGUUGCCUUUUGUGUUGCUUUUCCCGGCUGCAAGGGUCUGAUCUCAGAAGGUGCACAGCCCCAAGGCGGUUUCCUGCUGCUAGAACGCUGCUGCUGCUUUCUGCCUCUUAAGCUCAGUCUCUCCAAGCGCAUUUGACUUAGUCCAUCCUCCCUCCCCUGUCCCUUGUGCAGUGGGCCCUCAGCCAGUGAACACUGCGGUCCCUUUGGAACAGGAUGGUUGUGCGGUCUUGGUUGAGGAACCAAACCUCGCUGGCCGUGCUGAGUUCGAGAGAGCUGCUGGCCUCCCCAAUGCGGCUUCCUCUGGCCCAGAACAGACAGAUCCACACAGCGCUGACCACCCCCCACGCCCCUGCCAUGGGUCUGCUUUGAGUUCUGAGCGUGGAGAGAGUACAUCCUGAGUCUGCUCUCAGCCAGCCAGCGCUCUGGGGCUCCGGCAUGGAAAAGGGCCUGGGGCACCGGAAAGGCCCUCCAUGCUGUUAGGUAGGGGUCAGCUGGGCCACCUCUGCUGUUACAGAUUUUGAACUGUUUUCUUGGUAUCUUGGAUGCAUUAGCUCUAGUCAGGUCUCUGUACUAAAAAGCCUUUUGUUUUAGAGCAACUUAGAAUUCUCAGCUGUGUCUGCUGUGGCAUUUCUUGGGUUCUGUUUACUCAGACAGAUUCCUUCUAGACACUGCUUGCCAUUUCCCCAGCCAGACAACUCCUACUUGAUCACUGACUGCUUAAGGAGGUCUUAGUUGAUUUAUUAAGCGAGUAGGUAGGUAGAACUCUGUUCCCAGAGAGAUGUUGCCCCACUGGACAGCAGGGGCCCGACGGAGGAAGGAACGCGGCGCGCUAGAGGCAGCCUAUACUCUGUGCCACACUCAUCUUUGUAAAUGAAAAACUAUUUCAGGUUGAAUCUAAAAGACAUUCUGGCUUUAUUAGUUACUUAUGUUGAGGACCUUGACACACACACUUUGCUUCUGACACUUGAACACUCGCCCUUGAAAUCUCUUGGCUAAGUCCGACUUCGUCGGUCUGAAUUUGGUAGUUUCCCUCUUUGUUUGUAACUGUGAGGGGGAGGACUCUUCCCUGCCUCCCCGCACACCUGACAACGUCGUCCCGCGGCGGUCAGGCCCCGUGCGUUACCGCGGAUGACCACUCACCUCUCCCUGGAGACCCCAGGGAUCCGGACUGCUGUGAACGGGACUUUGUGUUCAGACACGUGGUCUUUUCUCUGAAAGGAUCCCCUGUCACCUCUUGUGCUGUCUUGAUCUUGUGCUCUCUUGAGGGAGGGCCUCUGCGCUCUUCUCUUUGAAGCUAGAAACACAAAGCAUAGCGGCCUCAGGCAGAUGAAAACUCAGGGCUGCGGGUCCCUGCGGCCCCUCUCCUCCCCUGAAAUACCUGCUAAGCCCCCGCUUCCUGGCACCACGUGUAAAUCCUGGUUCCCGGCCCUACCACGGUCACUUGUCUUCUGUGGAAGCUUGCAGCAGAGAGACUCCCUGUGCGUACCAGAGCGCUCUAAUUUGGAAAACUUAAGAGCAAGGGAUGAGAACUAGCUGCUGUCCUCUAACCUGUGUUGGAGCCACAGAGCACCGCACAGGGGACCUGCUCCAGGAGAGAGAACCAAACAGUCCCCCUACGUUUCUAGUGCUCUGCUGGGGGCAGGGGUCCCUCCCUGUGCCCCCGAAUACAAGAGCUGCCCUUCAGAACAGGGGCACAGAGACCACUAGGCUCAGUGAUUAACCUCGGUUACCCCAUUUCUGCGGGAGGAGAAGCCUGGGGACUUGGCUUCUCACCAGGAGAUCUGGUGUCCGUGGAUUCUACCUUGUACAGACCAACAGCUUUACCUCUUUCCCCUCUGAGGCAGCGAAGCGAGUGAAAAGUAACCUCUCCUUCCUCCACUACCAGCCUCUGAGCGUAUCUGCAGUGUUCACCGCGCCCCCAUGCGGCGGGACUGAAGCUUUCUGGAAGCAGCUGACCCUCACUGGAGAGCUAACCCCUCACCUUGCUUUCUGGCUCGGUUCAUCCUCUGCCUGAUGGACACGUGUGCCGGCAUCUGAGUCUCUACCCUCCGCUGAGAACCUGAGGGAGAUAAAAGGGAAGCUUCUAUCAUCUGUCGUCAUAAUUCUGACCCCAGAAGGCUGCGUCCUGGCUGACUUCCAGGGUUAGCUCCCGGGUUCGGCCUGCUGUCUCGCUGUGGAAGCAGCAAAGGGCCCCUCUGGUAUCCGAGGUGGAGGUGUGGGCACCUUGCUUAGUACUGGAGAACUUUCCUACGUUUCCAUUUCCUUCGGCACACUCCCCCUCCCUGCACCCACCUCCCUCCCCAAGUCUUCUAUCAGAACGACACGGGGAACAUUUUCACGAGUGAAGAACUGUCACUGGCAGGCGCGUGGGUUCGGAGCAGCACAGCAGAGGGCAGGCACGGUAGCUGACCCGGGAGUCUUGGGGCGCUAACCGUGUCUCGCAGGGAGGCCUCAGCGAGCCCCGGGCUCUCCCCGGCAGCCCCCCUCGGCCUCCUCCACUUCAAGGUGCUGAGUUGUAAGGCUCCCCGUCAUCCGCACACGGCUGCGUCUGCAGCCCCUCAUCACUACAAAUGCACUAUUUUUCAAGAGAACUAAAUAUUUUGUAUGUCUUUGCCUUCUCUUUGUUCAUUAAACACCAGAGUUAUUCAUUGUAUAAUGUGAUUGACUUCUCCAAGCAGAGAAUCUGCACCCCUUGAAGAAUUACACAUUUCUUCCUGGGCUUUCUCAUAUCUAGAGGUACCUAUUUUUACCCUUCACAAACCUUUUCUGCCUUCUCGGCUUUCUGUCCCUCAAGGACAGAAAUUACAAGAGGGUGGGAAGAAUAUUUUUAGCAUCAGUUUCAAAAGAUCUAUGCCAGGAUUUCCUUUGCACACCAAGAACUGGAGCUGGGAGAACCUCUUUUCAAGCCCGGUUCUCGUGCCUUACGCCAGGAUGUCCCACUGUGGGUGUGGGAUGAAAAGAAACUUCAUUUCAGUCUGAGGGUUCCCAGGCACCCUGCCACCGCCUCCCUCCCCCAGAGCAGACAGAUGAGGGGAGAAAGCUUCUGCGGCUUCUUUCACGGAGGGGUUUCUAGCAGCACAGUUAAUGCUUCACUCUCGAGCCUCCUCUUGGGAUCCAGGAAAUGCCAUUGUGAUUAUCGUUCAGGCUGUAACUCCUUAUUUAUGUCUCUAAGUGUGCAGUUGGCUUAGCCCCUUUCGGUCCCUCUGCAGUGUCAGCUUGUGGUGCUGAAGACAUCUGAGGCACUUUAGGGGAUGGGACUUUUUCUUGAGAACUCUGGUGACUUUAGGUACCCGGGGUGAAUUUCUGCCUCCGUGAAUGUGGUAUUAACAUUGUGCACUGUGUUUCUAUCAAGCCAGAUUGCAAUUCAGAUUUCCUUUUCAUGUUACUAAAUUUGUAAAUGAAUAAACAGACAUUUUAAUUA